AUGCAUUUCUCUUCUUUACUCUCCUCGGUGCUUGCCAUCAGUGGCAUAGCUGCUGCAUCUGCGAUUCCUUCUCCCUUCAUCGAAACUAGACAAAGCAGUCCAGCAGCUGGUGUCGUCUACAGCAAGUGCAGCAAACCCGGCGUCUUCGCCCUCGCCUUCGAUGAUGGACCUGGCCAAUACACCGAGGAGCUGAUCAAGACUCUGAACGCUGCAGGAGCCAAGGCCACUUUCUUCUUCACGGGCACUUUGUACGGCUGCAUUUACAACCGCGCCGCAGCGGUCAAGGCCGCCUACUCCAGUGGUCAUCAAGUUGCCUCGCACACCUGGACUCACCCUCAGACACUCGACAGCAUGAGUGUCGCCCAGCUCACCACCGAAAUGCAGAAGCUUGAGACUGCGCUGAUCAAUAUCAUCGGUGUCAAGCCUACUUACAUGCGUCCUCCUUACCUCAAGACCGGCGGAAACGUACCCACUGCCAUGAGAAACCUCGGCUACAGAAUGAUCACCGACAGCGUAGACUCCCAGGACUGGAACGGUCUCUCUGUUUCAGCAAGCGAGCAGAAGUUCCGCAGUGCAGGUCCCAGCACUCCUGAUGGCAAAGGACAUAUCUCUCUGAUGCACGAGACUUACGCAACCACUGUGAGAGAUCUGGUCCCGAGAUUGAUCAAGUGGGCCAAGGAGAACAACUUGAAGAUGGUUACUGUUGCCGAGUGUUUGGGCGAUGCAAAUGGUGCCUAUGCCAAAGGCACUGGUGGUGGUGCACAGCAGUGCUAA